AGGUGGAGACCAUUGGAGAUGCCUACAUGUGUGUCAGUGGCUGUCCAAAGAGAAAUGGUGCCCGGCAUGCCGGGGAGAUCGCUAACAUGGCACUUGACCUCAUCUCGGCUGUAACCCACUUCAGUAUCCGCCAUAAACCAGACGAGCGCCUGAACUUGAGAGUUGGCCUCCAUACCGGGCCAUGUGCCGCCGGUGUCGUGGGGAGGACUAUGCCGAGGUACUGCCUGUUUGGUGACACCGUUAAUAUGGCCAGCAGGAUGGAGUCGACAGGUAAAGGUAAUCACCCUUUCUUGGAGACACAGAUGAUCAGUAGCAGACACUAUAAAAGUGUCGUUUGUAGUCUGUCUCAAUGUGGUCUGUCUUAAUGUGGUCUGUCUUAAUGUGGUCUGUCUCAGUGGGUUCUAUCUUAAUGUUUUUUGUCUUAAUGUAGUCUGUCUCAAUGUGUUCUAUCUCACUGUAGUCUUUCUUACUGUCUUCUAGCUUAUAAGAGCAGUGGUUCCCAACCUGUGUUCCGCGACCUCUCCAGGAAAAAAAAUAACACCAUAAUCUUGAAAAUCAUAAAAAAUGAUCAUAGAAAGGGCUCCACGAGUCAAAAAGGUACACUGGUAUACCUAAAGGUUUAAGCAUGAAAUCGUUGCACUCUGUUGACUGCCAUAAAACUUAAGUGAUCUUCACUGGCUGACAUCAAAGGUAUGUUGUCUUACCUGGCAAGUAUCCAAGGUGCACAACACCACCUCGGGAGUAUCAAAGAUAUAAUGCUACCUCCCGUGGUGAUACACCUUCAAUUCGGCUCAGAACAAAACGGCCCCGAUAUUAGGGUUCCAUUAAACCGGCCCCGGACAAUUAGACCUCCGACCAAACCCACCCCCCGCCCCAGACAUUUGGGCUCCCGACAAAAGAGUCCCUACAAAAAGGCCCCUAUCAAUAAGACCUACGACAGCAUGGCUCCGGGCGGGAGGGCCCGUGACAAUAGCAGCUCCCAUAGAGAAACCCUUCCCCACCCAACCUUUUACAAAGUCAAUAAUAAAACUGCAUUACCCAGGGGCCCAAAACCCGGGGGGGGGGGGCUUUUGGAAAUGUGUUCUUCAUAUUUCAUGUUUACCUUCUCAGCUUUAAACAUCCAUAUGAGUGGUCAGAUGAAGGAUGCUCUAGAUGACCUGGACUGGGGAUUUCUCAUGGUCGAGAGAGGAUUUAUUGAGGUCAAGGUGAGAGUAACUGUUGAUGUCAAUGUCAUAUUGUACAGCAGUCGUACACAACUUUUUAAAAAAUUGGCGUUUUCAACAGUGUUUUUUUUUCAUUGUGUUUCUUUUUUAAAAAAAAUUGUAUUGCAAUAGUAAUUUAGUAUGUAACAGAUAUCAACCACCACAUGUAACAGAUAUCAACCACCACAUGUAACAGAUAUCAAGCACCACAUGUAACAGAUAUCAACCACCACAUGUAACAGAUAUCAAGCACCACAUGUAACAGAUAUCAACCACCACAUGCAACAGAUAUCAACCACCACAUGCAACAGAUAUCAAGCACCACAUGUAACAGAUAUCAACCACCACAUGUAACAGAUAUCAACCACCACAUGUAACAGAUAUCAACCACCACAUGUAACAGAUAUCAACCACCACAUGUAACAGAUAUCAACCACCACAUGUAACAGAUAUCAAACACCACAUGUAACAGAUAUCAAACGACAAAUGUAACCUCUGAUAUGAAUGUUUCCUCCAGGGUAAAGGCCUCCAAAAGACCUUCUGGUUGGCUGGUAAGAGAAACUACAAGAAACCACUGCCCGAAACGCUUGUCUUGUGAGUCCCUUCAGACAAAGCUUUUCAUCAUUUAUCUUUAUAAUACUGGAUGGGACAGUAAUCAUUAGAGUUAAUCUUUAGAGUACAAGAUUUGACAGUAUUCAUUAGUGUUAAUCUUUAAACUGCAGAGGGGGACAGUAUUCAUUGCCCCUAGACAGUGGCGUGGCUAGGGUUAUUGUCAUCCGUUGUGGUAAACUCAUGGUGUCACCCAAGGACCUGCUGGCACAUGGAAAACCCUGACGAACGGUGUAGUAAGAAAGGCCCGGAGCCCCCCCCCCCACACACACACACCGGAGAUUGUAAUAACUGCCCAAAAAGGUCUAUGAAGAAUGCUCGUCGCGUCGUCGUGGGCCAGCACGUCCCUGGUGUCACCCUCCUCGCCCCACCUUCCCCAUACUCAUGGUGUCACCCAAGGACCUGCCGGCACAUGGAAAACCCCGACGAACGGUGUAGUAAGAAAGGCCCGGAGCCCCCCCCCCCCCCACACACACACACCGGAGAUUGUAAUAACUGCCCAAAAAGGUCUAUGAAGAAUGCUCGUCGCGUCGUCGUGGGCCAGCACGUCCCUGGUGUCACCCUCCUCGCCCCAACUUCCACAAUAAAUUUCUUCUUGUUAAUACAAGUGCACAGUAUUAAACAAAAACAAAUUGAUUGAAGUUCAAGAGGAAAGUGUAUUUAAGAACUGUAACAACGUUAGUUAUAGUUAUUUUUACAUUAAAUUUACUUUAUUUAAAAUUUUCAUUUCCUGGUCUUCAAAGCUGCAAACUGUCAAUCAUGCUCAAAUGGUAAUCGGGUUGCCAGUGACGAAUCAGCGAAAAUAUUAACUUUGGAGUAUUUCUGGGUUUCGAUAUAUUUGUUAUCCAAAACUUUUUUAAUUUAAAUAAAUUUAAAAUUUAAAUUAGUUUCUUAAAGAUAUUACAAAUUUAUUAACCCUAUCAUUGAGUAAAAAGUAAUUUUUAUUUUUUUACUGAUUCGAUUCAUGCACUUAGAAUCGCCCGAACACAUCUUAUUUUGUGUGAAUGGAAAGGGUUUUUUUCUCAGGAUUUAGAUUAAUAUGGCUUAAUAUCACAAAAGUUACCGACCACUUCAAUGGGCGUUGAAUUAUGGUCGAAACUGUGUUUUUCUGAACUUAUUAUUGUAUCACCUCAUUCAUCAAGCAUCAACCUUGAACUUUUAAUAAAGCACGCAUUGGGGGUGAGAGGGGGUGGUUGCACGUGUGGAACAUUGACGUGUUAUCGAUCAUCCUUAAUGAAAUUCUCUUAGACCAUUAGUCGGCAUAUCGUGGCUCGCGAGCCGCAAGAAAUGUGGCUCUCAAAAAAAAAAUUAAUCGUCAUUCUACUGGUUUUGGCUCUUUUGACUAAUGAGUUUGCUGACCACUGGGUUAGACCGAAAAUGAGUUUGCUGACCACUGGGUUAGACCGAAAAUGAGUUUGCUGACCACUGGGUUAGACCGAAAAUGAGUUUCCUGACCACUGGGUUAGACCGAAAAUGAGUUUGCUGACCAUUGGGUUAGACCGAAAAUGAGUUUGCUGACCACUGGGUUAGACCGAGAAUGAGUUUGCUGACCACUGGGUUAGACCGAGAAUGAGUUUGCUGACCACUGGGUUAGACCGAAAUGAGUUUGCUGACCACUGCAUGAGUUAGACCGAGAAUGAGUUUGCUGACCACUGGUUUAGACCGAGAAUGAGUUUGCUGACCACUGGGUUAGACCGAGAAUGAGUUUGCUGACCACUGGGUUAGACCGAAAAUGAGUUUGCUGACCACUGGGUUAGACCGAGAAUGAGUUUGCUGACCACUGGGUUAGACCGAGAAUGAGUUUGCUGACCACUGGGUUAGACCAAGCAGUGUGGGCUCUGUAAAUGGGAAGUUUGAAAUUGGAUGUCCCCCCCUCCCCUGAGAUGGUGUCACCCGGUUCGGUCAGCUCCUCCCGCAACCCCUAGCUACGCCAAUACCUCUAGAAUAUAAACAUCACAGUAGGAAGGCCGAAAGUAGUCAAAAGACAUUGAGCUCAAUCAAAAUAGUUCCGUUUAAGUCAAAAUGAACACUGACAACUUUCCUGUCAAUGUUUUAUGAGAAACUUCGUGGAAAUCGAAUCAUUAAAAUAAAUAUUUCAGCUUUCUUAAAUGUGACAAUAAACUUUUCUUUCAGACUUCAAAAAAGCCUUGAAGACGGGGGCCCAGCAGCGAGUCCAUCCUACUGCACACUUUCUGUUGGUGACAGCAUGUUCAGCGCCCUCCGGAAGACCUCGAUCACUGUGAGCAACAUCACAGUAGAGAACAGUCCAUACACUUCAGACUCGGAAGACAACGGCAGUACAGAGAGAUUCCGUCCAAACUUGCGUAGUGCCAGUGCCGUUCUCAAUACUCCCAGCGAUACGUCAUCAAAGCGUAGGCAUGGUACUGUGGCACCGGUAGACAUGAUCACUGACCAAGAGGUCAAAUCUUGGCCGACAGUCACAGCACAAGUCAAAGAUGAUUAUGACAGCACUGGCGAUGACAGAGAAGACGGUGGACAUGACAUCAGAUUGAACACCAGCAACAUGCAUACAACCUUUCUCACUCUCUCUGAUGAUGAUGGUAACACCGAGGAGAGUCACGAAGGUCACUCUAGCACUUCAAAUCAGGCCAUUAUCACUGACCAGUCGGUUGCUCAGUAUGAUGCUCAAGAAUUCAGUAGUAAUCAAUCAAUUGUAUUAGGAGGUCAUGAACUCCCAGUUGAUAGACCAUCCAGGAGGGUUAGGAGAAAACAUGACAUCAGGCUGAGUACAUCGGAUUCCAAAAAGAUCCCCAGAAUAGAAAUCACUUAAUAACAGUGAGCAGUCAUAGCAUUGAAUCGUCAUAACAUAGAACAGUCAUAACAUAGAACCGUCAUAACACUGAGCAGACAUAACAAACAUAGAACAGUCGUAACAGUGAACCGUCAAACCAUAGAACAGUCGUAACGUAGAACAGAAGAUAGAACAGUCCUAACAUAGAACAGUCGUAACAUAGAGCAGUCAUAAAAUAGAACAGUCGUACAAUAGAACAGUCGUAAAAUAGAACAGUCGUAAAAUAGAACAGUCAUAGCAUAGAAUAGUCAUAACAUAGCGCAGUCAUAAAAUAGAACAGUCGUAAAAUAUAACAGUCGAAAAAUAUAACAGUCGUAACAUAGAACAGUCGGAAAAUGCAACAUUCAUAACAUGGAACAACCAUAACAUAGAAAAGUCACAACAUAGAACAGUCAUAACAUAGCGCAGUCAUAAAAUAGAACAGUCAUACAAUAUAACAGUCGUAAAAUAGAACAGUCAUAGCAUAGAAUAGUCAUAACAUAGCGCAGUCAUAAAAUAGAACAGUCGUAAAAUAUAACAGUCGUAAAAUAUAACAGUCAUAGCAUAGAACAGUCAUAGCAUAGAACAGUCAUAGCAUAGAACAGUCAUAGCAUAGAACAGUCAUAGCAUAGAACAAUCAUAACAUAGAACAACCAUAACAUAGAAAAGUCACAACAUAGAGCAGUCGUAACAAUGAGCAGUUGUAACAUAGACUAGUCGUAACAUAGACCAGUCACAACAUAGAACAGUCACAACAUAGAACAGUCACAACAUAGAACAGUCGUAACAUAGAAUAGUCAUACCAUAGAACAAUCAUACCAUAGAACAGUCGUAACAUAGAACAGUCGUAACAUAGAACAGUCGUAACAUGGAGCAGUCGUAACAUAGAGCAGUCGAAAAAUAGAACAGUCUCAUGACAUGUCUAAUUGUUACCUCAGUUAUCUACAAGCUAGGGACAUGUCUAUAAAUAUUACCUAGGAAACCAAUAUACAUUGUUUUGUACAAACCCUAGGGCUACAUGUUUGGUACAAACCCUAGGGCUACAUGUUUGGUACAAACCC